AGUGCUUCAUCCUUCUAGUCCUCUUCGAAACAAGCUACUGCAGAGACGGCCUGUAGUUCAUCGGGUCUGUUAAGCUUAUCACCAACUACUCCAUAGUCGGCAAUCGUUUGCGAAUAGCGGUCAGAACUCCCUCCAAUAUCCAGUCAAAGGCCACCAUUCCCGCCACUACUAAGUAACACGAAGUCCAGAUUGCGGAAUUCGCCCGCACCUGAGCCAGCAAAAGUCGAGUUAGGAAAUAGUCAGCUAACUAUACCUUAUUAAACGGAGCUCUUUCCCCCCACUGAUAUAAUUCAUAUCGAUCUGCCUAGACAUAUGUCUAUCGCCCCCAUCCGUCGGGCCACUUCGUGCAAAGAUUCCAGCGGGAGGUCGAGAUCCGAGUCAAGAUGAGCGAUAACGAUGGCAUCGACAAUGAGAAAGGCCAGCCGGCUGUGGAGGCUGAAGAAACGGUAUCAAUCUACGGAAGUCGUCCAAGAUGUUUCAGCAAUACGCUCCAAGAAUGUCUAUUUGUCCUCACAGCCACCAUGGCCAUCGGCCAGUCUUCAAUGUUCCAGGGAUCUGUGGUGGGUGUUACUGCUUCAAUUGGUCGUGACCUGAAUAUGAAUUCAGCUGAGAUCACUUGGAUCAGUUCUGGCUCUGCACUAAGCAGCGGUGCCUUUCUUCUGACCUUCGGGAAAUUAGCAGACAUGUUUGGUCGUAAGAGUAUGUUUACCGCUGGCAUGGCUGGGUUUACACUCUCGCUGCUUAUAGCCGGCUUCGCAAACAACGCCAUCUACAUGGAUGUCUUUUCAGGAGUAAUGGGUCUUUUCUCAGCUGCAGUUGUUCCGCCUGCCGUUGGAAUUCUUGGAUCGGUUUAUGAAAAGCCUUCGAAAAGAAAGAACCUCGCAUUCGCAUGCUUCAGCGCUGGAAAUCCACUGGGGUUCGUGGCUGGUAUAAUCAUUUCUGGAGUCGCUGACCACUUGUACAAUUGGCGCGCUUCUCUAUGGACUCUGGCGGUGAUAUACGCCAUCUUCACUGUCUUCACUAUUUGGACGGUCCCCCACGACGGGCAUGAUCGUCUGCCUUUAGCCUGGAGAUCAUUCAAGAAAUUCGACCUCCUGGGCACAUUUCUGGUAAUAACUGGAAUUGCAUGCUUCUCCAGCGCCUUGACACUUGCUGGUGAUGCCCCAGAUGGAUGGAGAACUGGUUACGUUAUUGCGCUACUCGUGGUAGGGAUUUUCCUCGUGGGACUUUUCUUAUACUGGGAGUCGCUGUGUGCCUUCCCUCUGAUGCCGCUAUAUGUUUGGCGCAAUCGUGAGUUUUCAUUGCUCAUGCUGAUAUUUUGCCUUGGUUUCAUGGGAUUCGCAUCCGUGACUUUCUGGAUUUCGCUAUACAUGCAGGAACUCAAACACCUAUCUGCCCUCCUGGUUGCCGUCCAGUUGCUUCCCAUGGUAGUCAGUGGGACUCUGGUCAACGUUGUUUGUGGUUUCGUCCUUCACAAGGUUAGCAACAAGCUCCUCAUGGGUAUUGGUGCUGUCGGUUAUACCGCAGCUCUUCUUAUCCUCAGUUUCCUGAGGGAGGAUGCUCCAUACUGGGCCUUCAUUUUCCCCGGUUUGAUACUUGUCGUGGUCGGUGCAGAUAUCGAGUUUAACGUUGUUAAUAUGUAUGUAAUGUCUUCUCUCCCAUCAUCGGAACAAUCCGUUGCCGGUGGGAUCUUCAACACUAUCUCCAAACUCUGUAACAAUAUCAGCCUGGGUAUAUCCACGGCCGUCUACAACGCCGUCAGAGCUCAGCAGUCAAGCACCUCUAUCAGACCAUACUUGGCUACGUUCUGGUUCGGGGCUGCCAUCUCCGGGAUAUCAAUCUUCCUCGUCCCAUUUCUUCGGCUGGGAACACAAGGUGGCAAAGAAUCCCAUCAUAGCCCUAUUGAAAAGUCCAGCACGGAAAAGAAUACUGCUGAAGAGAAGAUAAGGGAGGUUGGUCCCGGCAGUGACGAGAGCAGUUUCACCCGUCAAGGUGAGAUCAGUGUGAUCGGGGCCGAGAAAUGAGGUGGUAAAAAGGUUAUGGACUUCUUCACAAUCUAUGAUGAUGGCUAAACGACUCUGAAAUUUCUCUCUUGAGAUUGACUGAUAGAUUUAGAAGGAUUGAUAUAUAGAUAACACGAAGG